AUCCUUCCUUUUGCCUCUCGCUUCAGAUGCAGGAAGACCAGGGUGCUGUGACUAUGUAGUAGUACAGAGCGAGAGCGAGAGAACAUGAUUGAAUUGGAAUAUCAAAGGAGCGACAGCGCUGUGAAUGAAGCACCAGUCGCUCAUUCUGCUAUAGGCAUCCUCUGUGCGAGGGGAAACGGGGAAUCAUUAAAGUGAGCUGAGCAUCUCUGGGCAGAGCAAUGUGGCCAAGAGGAACGGAGCUUGGGAGCUGCUUCUCUUUUGGAUAAUUUCUGAGCCUCAGCUCUGUUUAGCAUCCCUUUUUUUCUUUUGAAUGACAAUGUGGAAUCAAGGUUUUAUAUGGCACUUGGGAUAAAAAGCAAGAACUCACUCCUUUAAAAAAUUUAACAAAACCAAAAUAAUUUCUUUGAAUAGAGUAUAUCUUUUUCUUCUUCUUUGAUAGCAGGGGGGAGGGUGAACGUGUGACAUCAGAGAGAAUGUUUUUUGAACAGGAGAGACUUCUCAACAAGUAAGCACGUUGUUUCCUAACUCCUGGCAGAGCCAGCUGCACUUAGCCAACUGGCUACUUUUACUGUACACUUUACUGCUUGACAGGAUGGCAGGCAAAAGAACAGUUGGAAUAAAACAAUAAGGUGGGGAAAAGGUGAGGAAAAACAAAAUAAGGAAAGCUUCCAAAGCUCCACAUCCCCUGUAAAAUAAACCCAGAAAAUAUUGUUAUCAGUAACCAUUGUGGAACACUUUUGACGUCAUCAUGCGCAGGUCUAGCACGGAUGAAUCAACCUAUCACAGGAGCCCUUCUUUGGACAGCAAGGAUUACAGUUUUCCAAAUGGCGCCUUCCGUCGCUACAGCAGCAUGUAUGGUGGCCAGUAUGGGGCCACAAGCAACUCUUUUUUUGGAUUCCAUACCAACCCAGGCCCAAAGGCCACCAAGGCUAAGUACACGACCCCCAAGGGGAACAAGUAUGUGGUCUUUUACUUGGAUCUCUCCUUUAUUUUUCUUCUAGAACUGAAGAGGUGCAGCAUGGCUCACAACUGCCUGCAGUGUAUUAAGUACCUCAUGUUUGUCUUCAACCUUCUCUUUUGGCUGGGAGGCUGUGGAAUCCUUGGAGUUGGCAUAUGGCUAGCUGUUACCCAAGGGAACUUUGCGACUCUGUCUUCUUCCUUCCCUUCCCUGUCAGCAGCCAACUUGCUGAUUGUCACAGGGACUUUUGUAAUGAUCAUCGGCUUUGUGGGGUGCAUAGGAGCCAUCAAAGAAAACAAGUGCCUCCUGCUCAGUUUUUUUAUCAUGCUGUUAAUUAUAUUCGUGCUGGAGCUCACCGUUGUGAUUCUCUUCUUUGUGUACACGGACAAGAUUGAUAAGUACGCUCAGCGGGACCUGAAGAAAGGGCUUCAUUUGUAUGGAACUGAUGGAAAUAUUGGCUUAACUAAUGCAUGGAGCAUCAUACAAACAGAUUUCAGAUGCUGCGGAGUGUCAAACUACACUGAUUGGUUUGAAGUGUACAAUGCAACACAGGUGCCAGAUUCAUGCUGCCUGGAAUUCAGUGAGAAUUGUGGGCUUCACUCCCCAGGGACCUGGUGGAAAGCACCUUGCUAUGAAACAGUGAAAAUAUGGCUUCACGAAAACCUGCUAGCAGUGGGGAUUUUUGGAUUGUGUACAGCUUUGGUUCAGAUUCUUGGACUGACAUUUGCAAUGACCAUGUACUGUCAGGUUGUCAAGGCAGAUACCUACUGUGCAUAAGAAUAAUUUCUGAAUCACCUGGCCCCAUCUUUCCUCCCUACACGAUGCAAGAGGACUCUUCAUUCUCAUUUUUUCUAUGUAAAAUAAACUGUGUUCAAUCCUCCCUAGAGAUUUUGUGAAUCACCCUAGUUUAUCAAUCACCAUUGUACAAAAGGACAAAAAGAAACAUCAAGGAACUCAGAUUUGCUCAGCAAAAGAAAAUUCUCUAAGUAACAAGAAAACUUUUAAGAAAGAUGAAACUGCUCCCUUUUGCACGGAUGAUGAUAAGAGUAAAGAGGCUGUUUAAGAUUUUUUCCCCUAGAGGCUGCUAGUCGAUAGACAUUUUCUAGCCUAUUGGGUCCAGCAAAUCAUAGAAAUAUAGAGGAAAGUUAUUUGUCAGCAUGGAUGUACAGGAUGCAGAAUAACUCAGAAGUAUAAUUUUACUGCAGUUUGUCCUUACAGAAAAAUAGAGCGUCAGAUCAAGGAGCGUGCUUCUGAACUCUUGAGAUUUUAUCAUUAGGAAUGGGACAGCUUCAGGGAAGUUUUCUGUUUAAAGCAGUGGUUUCAUGCUCUCUGAAGCUAGCUAUGAAAAAGCAGGAUGUUCUGGUCUAUGUUUAGAUCUUACAACCUAAAUCAAUAGUGGCAUGCAAAUGAGAAUGGGUGGGAAUUUACAUAAAAAUAUAAAUAUAUUCAUAUACAUAGACCACUCUAAAACAAAGUUAACAUAGUCUAGUGACUUCCUUCUCAAGCAGGGAGAGACUUUCCAUGUUUUUUAUUCCAUGGGACCAUACAUUCAGAAAGAAAAAUAAAAUAUUAGGCCAUUGGGAAACAAUUACUUUGGAUGGUUCUCUAUUUCAGUAAACAAGGAGUAGUUGUCUUUGUCAUUCUCCUCUGGGUUUGCUUUUAAAUGUCAUUUCUGUUUCAAGCUAUUCUGUGUCACUCCUUUCCAGACUUGCGGACCCAUACAGAGCUGGCAGCUACUUGUCACCAGUAUACUAUUACAUUAAUUUGUUCUCUGAUAAUUUCAAUUCCAAAUAGGAUGGGACUCACCGAGCAUAGGAAGUAUCCAUGAAUUAGAAUGGCUUAAGUUUGUUUUGUGAGCAGAAAACUACCAUUUACAAUAACUAAAUCUAAUGGUCUCCAGGCAGAGUAAGAACCAUUCAUAAUUUCCCCCCUAAGAAACACAGGUAGCCCAAUUAACAUAUGUGAAUACUGCAACUCUACAUAGGCAAUCAUUUCAUACCAUACUUUGGUCUCUCAGUGUCAAAGUAGACUUUGAAGCCAGACUGUAAACACUGUUGCACAGAUCCAGCGAACAGAGGCAAAUGAAUCUCCUGAUAGAUUAGUAGCCAUCGCUGUCUGAGGAAUAAAUUCCAUCCAAAUACAAUUUCUCUCCUUCCCCUGAACCUUUUCGCCUUCCUGCUAAACAGCUGACUGCUGGCACUAAUGUAAUUACCCUAAUGUACAGUGUCUGAAGAAAACAUUCCCAUUAGUUAAAGUAAAACUCAAGAAGUGUUUAUAGCUUCCUUUCUACCUUUUAUUUGUAUGCGGAGUAUUAGUCAUUGAGUAUCUAUUAUUGAAGGAUUAAAAUUCAUAGACAGCCUAAUGACAUAAGAAAAUGGACUUAAAUCAAGGUCACACACACACACCCAUGAAAAGGCUGCUUUAUCUUUCCUGCCUCUGAGGCACAGCCAAGCUCCAGGUUGGAUUAGUUUCAAGCAAGGAUCUGUUACCAGGGGUCCCAAGUCAGUCUAAUGCCACUCUGUGGUAAGGUGAAAGGUGUGAGAGCUGAGCGGCAAUUUAGUCUUUUUCAUUCCAUGGACUCCAGCAUCAAUAACUGUAACUAUUUGCAGUGGGGCAGAGUAUACAUGUCAAUUCUAUUUCACGGUCUUGUUUUAUGCCAGUUACUGUCAUGAUUUCCUCCAAAGAAUCUUGCAAACCAUAAUUUGAUGAGAACACUAUUAAAAAGCCCUCGAACCAGUGGUGGGAUUCAGCAGGUCCGUGCCACUUCGCCAGAACCGGUUGUUAAAAUGGUGCUUGUAAACAACCAGUUGUUAAAUUAUUUGAAUCCCACCACUGCCUAGCACACUUAUUUAAACUACCAUUUUCAUGAUACCAUGAUUAAUUCAAUACAAGACUAUAGAGGACUUGAGCCCCCUGAAUCAGGGCUGUGGUCAAUUAUAAAUGACUGCCAAUGGACUAAUGAGCGUUGUUUAUCUUUGCAACACCAUGACAUCACUGAAGGGCUGAGGACAUUUAGCAUCUUGUUGUUUCCUAUGUACAUGAGCAUUGCUGGUGACACUAUCACUAGGCAGGCUUUAAUCUCUAUCCUGGCCCACCAAAUUGACUAUGGUCCAAAAAUUUGACCAUCAAACUAGAACGUAAUCCUACCACACCAUGACACCAAGAUGUGAAAAAGAGCAAUAGGCAAUUGAAGGGGCUAUUGCUGAUAGUUAUGGGGUGCAUAAACCAAUUACACAAGAAGAACUAGGAACUAACUCUACCCACCCCCAUCCAUCUUUGCCCCUCCCCUAUUGAUGAUGAAUUAAGUCCUUUGAUGAAUUAAGUCCUUAAGCAAUAGCUUACAUUAUUUCUCCUCUCCUUCUUCCUUCCUGUACUCUUUCUGUACAAGCAAAGUGACUGUUAUGUGGGAGUAGCAUCGCUGUUAGUUAUUGCCAUGGCUCAUUACCACUGUUGUAUUCACAAGCAUUCCCGUUGACAGCUUGUGGGUUCCCAUCUUGGAAGAGCAGAAUAAUGGAGUGAUGAACACAUUAAUAAAACAUUGCUUCUAAAAAGGUAAAAGACAGAUGAAAUCUAUUUGUGGAGAUCCCCAUCAUUAAAAAUUAACAUGGCAGACUUGUUGGCUCAGCAGAUAACAGCACAGAAGUUAUAUUGCUGAAGUGAAUGGAAUGGGAGUCUCCCACCAGAGGACUUAAUCAUUUUAUAUUAUGGCCUCUAAAGAAAGCUCAUGUUGCCAAACUGGCUGCAUAUGAAUGUUUUUUCCUAAAAGUCUGUAACUCCACUGUGUGGAUGCUGAUGCUGCACCAGCGCAACCCCUCCCCAGGAAAUUUACGAGCAGCCCUUUGUAGUAGGUAAGAGUUGCCCUUUCACCACCAAUAAUAGCAACAAAACAUGUAAACAGCACAUUAUCCAUAGGGUUUGUGCUACAGCAACAAACUGCUAGCAAUUAAAAUCCCUUCUUAGCAAAGUAGUUCACAAUUGCAAGCAACAAGCAUUACUUUCGCCUGAGCGGACCUGGAAGCCCCCUGGUGAAAGGGGCCAUCCCUACCCUCAACCCUUAUGGAUGGAUGCUGAAGAUGCUGAAAACCUGAAUUUUUGCCAGACUAUCUUUUCUGUGGGAUUACUUAUCGACUUUCUAAAAACUGAUGGAGCAGACAAAGUCAUCCAAUAGGUUUCCCCUUUAAAGCCAAGGAAAAUAAAAUUAGCAGCUGGUGACAUUUUUUUUUUUGCUCAAAGAGAAAUCCUCUGGAUCCUACGCUGCCUAAGGUGGUGCUAAGGUGGAAACGGUCACAGCAAAAGAAAGAGCUCAUCCAGCACCAGCCAUAAAAGCUAGAUGCCAGGAGCUUAUUCACACCAUCCAUGACCUUUCAAUACAGUUUCAUUUGCUGUAAUCUAUUAGGCAUCCACGCAAUUCCUAUUUUUAAUGAUUAAAAUGUUUUUGCUCCUAAGUAACUAACAUUUUUAUUAUGUCCACUGCAAGUAAUAAAGUUGAACAACUUCCUUCCCCUCCUAAACAAACAUCCUGCUAGCUAAGUUUGUUAACUGCACUGGUGCUCACAACAGCAUGGAAGAAACCAGAGAAGUCUCUUCCCCAUGUCACGGUAAGCACAGGGCUUUUUAUCAACACAUGACCAAAGCUAUUUAGGGCUCAACUGGUGAGGACCCCUUAAGUAUUCAGGCUUGGGUCCUUGGUGCUUAAUUUCUGGUGCAUAGCCCAAGGACUUACUGGAAUCCUAUUGAAGUCAAAGCAAUUGGAGCGUGGAUUUAAGUUUCUGUCUGUGUCUUAUGUUGGGACCGUGUCGUCUUGUGUCUACUAUAGAUAUAUAUAAUACAUUGUGUGCUUUAAUAUACUGUAAAGUAUCAAUUGCUGCACAGCUUUAUUUAACUGUGGAGUGGUGGGGGGUAAAGAAUUGUUCAGCUCCCUACAGCACAGCUGACAAAAGAGUUCUGAUCUAAGAGUAUAUGCUAUGAUACUUGUUUAUUUUUCUUUCAGUAGUGUGGCUGUUUGGCCACAGUAAUUGUAUAUAACAACAUCAAAAGUGAGUUGACCAUACAUGCUAUGGAAGGAUGUGCACCUUAUAAAAACAGCACCAGGACGUCUUUGGAAGGUUGUGCACAGACAUCUCUGAACUAUGAGGUUAGGUCUUCCCAUGUACUUGUAUAGGAAAGGAUUGUGCAUGACAAAGUUACUUUUGCAUACUUGACAGCUAUGCUUCAAGAAUGGAGCAAAGACCAAAAAAAGAGAAGAACUGGGAAUGCACAAAGGCCAGGUUUUAAAAAAAACAUGCGAAUAACAUGUCGCCCCAUCUUUAGCAUGUUUAUUUGGAAAGAAGCAUGAUUGGAGUCAACUGGGCUAACAUCCAAAUAACCAUGAAGUAGAUUGCAAUUUCGAAGCAUAAGGCUCAUUUUGCAUUUUAGAGGAGGAAACCUGGGAGUGCCAUCAAGUUUACACUUGAUGAGUGUUCUCAUUUGAUACAAUAUGCCACACAUGCAUCUUUCUCUGAUUAAAAAAAAAAGCAGAUGCAGGAAUUGGAUGAAGAAAAGGUGGAAAGGCUGCUCACCCUGCUGUAUCUUUGUUUUCUGCUGAAAAUUGUCCCCUUUACGGGAACCAGUAUCUCAGGAGAAAAUCACAUUGAUUAGAAAAAAUGCUGCGGUGAGAAGCAGCCACUCCCUCAGCCUCUCAUUUACUUAAAUGCAGCUUUAUGAGGUGGCUUUUAUUUGAAAAACAGACAAAAUCAGGGGAAAGAUGCAUCACUAUGACACAGGGAAUCACAAUAAUCCUAUCUGUUCAAUAAGUACACUUCCCUCACAGGGACUAACUACAGGUUAUGUCUGGGCCCUGGUAACCAAUUGUGAGUGGUGACAUCCAUUGUGAGUGGUGACGUCCAUUUUUCAACCUCAGUUCCCAGCCAUGCAGAGACCAGUUUGGAUCAUGGUGCACAGAAUAAGGUGUUUAAGCAUCCCCCAUUUUCCUGAUCUGAAAUGGAACCAGAAGUCACUAUUUGCUCCACUGGGGAAACCUAUGCAUGAGCCAUCAAUAUAUGUUUCCCCAACAGGCAAAAUCCUGGGCCAUUUCAGAACUGAAAUGGGGUGAAGGCUUAAGCUCCUUUCUUCCUGCACACCAUAGUCAUCAUCCAAAUCAGGGCCUGUGCACUUGGAAAAUAAGUUAGAGCAUGGAACAUGUAGUGUCCAUCUAAUUGUCAGGACCUGGGGAGGACACCGUGUGUUGUUAGGCCUUUGAAUGUGUGUUUAUAAUCAUGGCUUUGUUGCAUUCACAUUUUGGAUUUUUCAAUGAGCACUUAAUACAUCUUGAAUGUAUACCUAACAAUACUAAGACCCACAGAUGAAGUGUGAUAUUAAGUUCCUCAGUGCCCAAAUCUUUCACUUUUGAAAAUGUCACUUUAAAGUAAGUAGUUAUAGUUUUCUUUCAAUUUACAUUUUGUACCUGUUCUUAUUCACCUGUUCCUAUUUCUUGGUUACUUAGGUUUUCUUGCUGCAACAAAGGAAUGGUAUAUUUUGAUGCACCUCACAAGAAGGGAAAAAACCUAUACAUUAUUUUUUAAAAAGUUAUUAAAUAUUCAUUGAAAUUUGCAGCUGAAAGUGUUUUGUAUUCUUUAAUAUGCAUAAACAACUGUCAAAUAUAUAUAUAUAGAAACACUUUUAGUCUAUAUUUAUGUGAAAAAAAUACACGAUACAAUUCUUUAAAGUUUUCAUUGCUCAUUUUUGCAUUUUGUUUGGGGGGGGGUGUAAAAAAGGAAAAUAGGCAUUACGCUGCAUGAGGCCAGCACUUUCAUGAAAUAAAUUAGGCCAAGCACUGUUUAUUCACAACAUUUUAGGAGUCCAAUUUCAAUCAAGUCCUAAAAUGAAUUAUUAUUUUAAUAUGUUUAUCACUAGACUGAGCAUUAUUCAUAUUUCUGGUGCCUGAAAAUAUGUUAUAUCUAAAAAUCUAUACAGGAAAAAUAUGUAAGACAUUUAAAGACUAUGUAAAUACUGGCAUAUGAAGGUGCCAUCAAAAUUACGAAUGCCUGCAAAACUCAAGGGGACUUUUCUGAAAAACUGCACCCUUACAAUUAACAGAACUGCCAAAGCAGAUUGCUUAACAUAAACUACUAACAUUCAGUUGUCUAUUGAGUGAAGUAGGAUUUCACUUUUUAAACAAUGAUCCACUAAUCAAGCGAAGGGCCCAUCUGAAAUUUCCCCAUAAAAGAAUGUUGCCUGGGGGUGGGGUGGGGGACGACAUAUCUCUAUUCUUGAGCAUCCCUGAUUAUCUGUAUUACAAGCUCUGACUUCACUGACCACCUACUUGGAGCGAAUGAGUGCCAAACUCAAGCCAAGUUUUUGCUCUUCUCAAGUUUUCUCCCAUAGACAGUAAUAAUUGUUAGAGGUGAUCAGGUUUAUCAUCUGUUUAGUAGGCAUUUUCAAAUAAGCAUCCAGGACUUGUGUUUGAUUAUUAAUUUGCAAAUUAUAAACAAAUAAGAAUAUCAGGAAUUUUUCUCCCUAAUGCAUUAGCAAAGUUUAUUGUCAUAACAUAUAUAGUAGCCACAUUAAAAGUCUGCAUCCAUGUAGAUUGAUGUACCAUCAGCAUACCAAUUACUAUGGUUUGUGGGUGAGAGUUUCCAUUUCCAAACAUAAUAUUAUCGACCACUGACAGUAAGUGAACAAGAUCAGUAGUGCUUUCAUCAUGUCAGUUCACAGCAUCAGCAUCAUUACCAGUAGACUGGUAAUCAUUACCAGUAAUCCUAGACUGACACUGCACCUGAGGAAACUACUAAGGACAUGUUUGCUUAACAAUGAAAGAUGGGCAACAAAGAUACAAGAUAUCAAGUUAUCAAAGAUCAUAAAUCUAAACAUUAGCACGAAGUAUACAGUGGUUUAGCAGCUGCACCAGUAAUGAGUUAAUUCAUUCAAACCACAAUCAUUGAAGUAUUUGAUCAACCCAAGGAUCACACAAACUCACACAGUGUGAACUGACAAGUCAAAACCUGACCUGACAAGACAGACAGCUCAAUCAAAAGGCCACUUUCCACAUUAUGAUUUUCAGUGACAGCAGAACUUCCAUAUGUUGCUUUCAUGACAUCAUUGGUUGUGAAUUGGAAAUAUAUUUCUGUGAAUAAAACUCUGAUACAGGCCAAAUGUUCAACACAAUGUCAACAAAACCCUAAUGUUUUGGAUCUAUCAGUGGAAAUAGGUGGAGAUAAGUGGACUACGUAGAGAUCCACAUUUCCCUAAAAAUAAUGUUAAGUCAGUUAACUGCAUAAGGAUUGACUUACAUGCCAAAAAGCCAUCUUUUCAUGCUCCCUAACCCAAUGCGAGUCACACCAACAGCAUGAUUUUCCGGUGCUUUAAGAGGAGGAAAAAGACAAGGGAAAGAGAACAAAAGAGUGUGAGAUCCACUGCAAAAUAUUAUAUGUGGAUCCCUGUGUUGCAGGUUGAGAUUACUGUUACUCUUAAGGCUAGAAAGAAUUAAAUUAAAUUAAAACAAUCCAUGCUAGUUUAUGAUAUAAAAUAAACACACUCAAAAACCCACUCUGCAGGUAUUUUUGGUAUGUAUUAAGUGUUAUGGAAUUAUUGUGCUAAGAGGCAAUUAUUAAAUUUCUUUGUACAUGUAAACUAAAUCCAGAUGGCAUCUUUAUUUGAUAAAAUCUUUGAAAGCUACUUUUGCCUAUAAUUGUUGGUAUGUAAUUUUGUUCAAUGGCAGUUGAACCAUUGCUAAGUUUUAAAAAAAAGUUUUUGUACAAGGUACAAUAUAAAAGCGAAUGUUAAAAUGCA